AUGGACAGGGAGGGUAACAAGGCUCCCGCAAAGGGAGUGGAUUUACUGACAGUCAAAAAUGUGAUCCUGCUAGUGUUGGGCGUUAUAUCUUUUAUACUUAUUUAUAAGUUCAUGAAAUAUCGAAAGAGAGUUUCGGAAUUUGAGAGGAAAAACAAAAUAGAUGAAAAGAUGAAAAUGUCAAGGGAAAAAAGGCUGCAAGAAUUGGAAAAAGAAAUGAUGGUUAAUAAAGAAAAAAUGAAAGAACAAAUGAACAAAGGAGAUGACAAAAAAGAUAAAGCAUUAGACUCAGACAAACCAAAACCAGAUUCCAAGGACAAUUCAUCGUUCAACCAUUUUAGGGAUUUAUCAAACUACUACAGGCCGUCCAUAAGAAAUAGGUACAAAAAUUCAACCUCCUGA